UCUGUCUUUCCUUCUGAAGGGACAUACACAUGAGGAUAUUGACCAACGUUUUUCAGUAAUUUCACAUAGAUUAAGACGGGUUAAUGCCAUGACAGUUCCUCAGUUACAAAAAGAAAUAGAAUCAAGUUUUCAUGAUAAACCACACCAUGAGGUGUUAUCAUGUGUACGAGAUGUCAAAUCGUGGUUAGAAAAUUCUCUUUGUGAGAUGUCAUUCCAUUCCUUCCAACAUCAGUUUUGGCUCUUUUGUGACCGUCCUAACCAUGUUACUAUGAAAUACAGGAAGUUUUCAACUGAUUCUUGGUUGCCUGAGACUGACCAAAACCAAAUAGAAUUGUUUGACUUAGAUAUAACAGGAGAUAACACCAUUCCUCAGGGUAUACCUCAAAUAUGCAAACAGCAAUAUGAUGAUAGCAGAAUUGAAAUGGUCAGAAAUGCCAUUGUAAAGAUGAAGAACUUUUUUAAUUUCCAAAAAUAUACAUGGUGGAUGGAAUUUCUUAACAAUCCAACUAAGACCACUCCCAAAAUAACCAGAUGGCCAUUGACACACUUACAGAAAAUUCACAAGAUUCAAGAUAUACCAAAACAGCUAGUGCCAACAGCAGAUGCUGAACCUACAUGCAUUUCUGAAAUGUUGGAAAAUGAAGGCUUAGCAAGAGAAAUUAAGACAAAGGAAAGAAAAAGAAAGAGGAAGGAUUGAUGAUGACUUCUAUAUGCAAUGUGAACAUAUGCUGAGAAUUUAUUGCAUUCAUCUUUAACUUAUGCAAUAUUACUGGUUUUUAAUGGUUCUUCCACUGAAAGGAGGAUACAAUAGCUUUUAUAUAUUUUAUAUAUUUCUUCUUGGAAUCAAUUGAAAUUAAUUUAUAAUGGAUAUACAUAAAUACAAAAGAGGAUUUGAAAAUACUUUAUGUCAUAGAUAUUUGAAAAAACUUCAUAUAAAGGCUUGUAAUGGUCUUCAUACUUAUAGCGUGCAGCUGGUAUGAAGUAAUUAGGCUCUUAAAUUUACUUAUUGGAUUGAAAUAGAAAUGAAUAUGAACAUAUUAUAAUCUUUACAUUGUAAGCAGUGUACGUAAUUGAUUAAAAUAAAGUGUAUAGAACUCCCCAACUAUUUUUCUAGAAUCUAAGAUAGAUUUAUUUUUUUUGUAAAAUGUCUUUGAGAUUAUUGUUGGAUACUAAAUAUUUAUCAAAUAACACUUUUAUAUAGCAAAUUAUUUGAAUGAUUGUCUUUAUUACCAUUGUUGGUAUGCACUUAGUUAAUGUAAGGGAUAUACUUUAAAGCCUAGGACUUGCAUGUAAACAUUGAAGUUUUUUUUUACAUUGAACUUUUGUAUAAUAGGAUAUAAAGAUUUCAUAUGUACGUAUAUAAAUUAUAUGGUUGUCAUCCAGAAAAUCAUUAUUUCAUUUGAAGAACUCAAGAUGAAAUGUCGGCAGACUUAUUUGAAUUUCUCCCCAUUUUAGCUAGUAAUAGCAAAAAAUGUCUGUUUAUAACAGUUUGUUAAGAAGGAAUUGUCAAAUGAUAAAUAUUGGCUCUAAUGAUCUUCAUACUGUUAGCAUUCAGCCAUGAUGAAGCAAUUAUGCUCCAAAUUGUCUUUUUUUUUUUUUAUUGAAUAAGCAGUGUCAUAGUCAUCAUACUGUUAGCGUACAGCCAGAAUGAAGGAUUUACAUUUAAAUAUUCAAUUUAAAAAAGAAUCAUUUAAAGAUAUUUUAUUUGUUAUGAUGUAACUUCUGAGAAUCAUGAUCAUGCAAAAACUUUUGAAGAAUGGAUAUAUAUUUCUAUUUAUACACAUCCAUAUAUAUAAAGACAAUUAAAAUAUGUUCUUGGAAGAUUUAACAAAUUAUAAGAUAAAAAAAAUUACAUUUAAAAAAUUUUCAACCCCUUCCACUAGUUCUAUUAAAGACAAUUGUUGAUUGAAAUUAAAUUGUUGAUUUAUUGAUAGAGAUUAAACUUUAUAAUUAUACUAAGUUAAGGUGGAGGUAAUGAAAUAAGAAAUGUAGUCUUGUCAUUUUAAUGUUAUGUAUAUAUUGUUGUUUUAGUAAUGCUAGAGAUUACUUUUUUUGUUGAUAGAUGAAGUUAUAUUAUUUAUUCCUUGUUCUGUUUUAAUUUUAGCUGAUUUGUGAACAUUAAGAAUUUGUGGAUACUAAUAUCAUGGGCACAAUAAAUGUCAAGAUAUUCAUUCAUGGUUAUCAUGGUAAUUAAUGCAUCUUUAAAUUUAUUUUUCCUUGCAUGAUAUAUGUGUCAAUUCUGGUUUUUAAAAUAAUUUAUAUUGAGAUAUAAACUUUUUACCAUGCUGCAUGGGAUAGGGAUUUCAAAGAUGUCUGUUUAUUGAAUUGAAUAAAAGACAAAUAUUUGUUUUUAAUGAUGUUGAUACUGUUCGAAUUCAGCUAUGAUGAAAAAAUAUGCUCCAUUUAGUCAUUAUACUGUACUACUAGUGAAAAGCAGAUGUCAUGUUUUUUAAAGCCCAUGAUAAAUUGAUGCUGGUGUCAAAAUACUGCUAUGGUAAAUUAACCCCCUUGCCAAGGGAAAUUGACCCUCACCCCCUUCAUGGAAAACCGACCCCUGUUUUUUUUUCAUUUUAUGUAAUUAUUGGAACAUUAAACAUUGGGGAUUUUAUUUGAAAAAAAAAUGGACUUUGCCAUUGCCUUAAAAUAGGGGGUACCUAUGUUGUUUCUGCAACUCCUCCAAAACCACUCCUUAUAAUUUAAUGAAACUUUCUCAGAUUCUUUAUGAUAUAAUGCCAUUGUGCACCUCCUAUUUUGUGUUUGUUCCUUUUUUUUAGUUUGUAUUUUAAGAACAUGGAAUUUGCCAUUGCCUUAUAAUUUGGGUACUGAUUUUGUAUUUGCAACUCCUCCUAAACCAUUAAUCAUAAAUUAAUGAAACUUUCUGAGAUUUUUAUUCUUAUAAUGUCUUUGUGCACUUCUAUUUGGUUUUUGGUCCAAUUGAUUUUUGAGGUUUCCAAUACCACAAUAUGAACUUUGCAAGAUGCAGGGGUAUAAUUUUGUGAGCUCUGAUCACAGUACCUAUAGUUUAGUAAUGAUGUUAUUACAGGGUGCUUUGUUUGGGAGAAUUCGUAACAGCAUCCUGUUGUAUUAUG